AUGGCUGUGAAUAAGCGUAUCAAGUACUUGCUCUUCCUCUUCAUUCUACUGUUCUGGAUCAGUGGCUGCGUCAUUCUUGGUUUCUCCAUCAACCUCAAAGUGAGCAAGAAUGGAAACAAGAUAAUGUAUGAGGCAGGGCCGUUUGUAGACCUGCAGAUAGCUGUUGGUGUCAUCAUCAUGGUACUGGGCUUCCUGGGCUGCUGUGGAGCCAUUAAGGAAAACCGCUGCAUGCUCAUUCUGUUCUUCAUCGGGUUGCUCCACAUCUUCAUCCUCCUGUUGAUCGUCGGAAUCCUGGGAGCUGUCGGAGAGAAAGAGGUGAGGAGGAAACCCUGGGAGCUGUCGGAGAGAAGAAGGAAGCUGCUACCACUGAGGGACCAGAAUCUUGAAGUUCAGACGUACCUGCAGAAACUGCAAGUGGAGGCAAAGUGCUGUGGACUGAUCAACGGACCCUCUGACUGGGGCUACACUGUCCCCUGCUCUUGUGACUGCGUUGACACCACUCAGGUGUGCCAAAGUGCAGACGGACGCAAAGUGUACUCAACGCCUUGUUCCUUCAUGGGGAAGCCCGCUGCUUUUAGUAGCGCAGUCUUGAUGCUCUUUGGAAUGGCCUUCACCAUGACCCUGUACUGCCAGAUUAGGAAGAGGGACGCCAACACUACCUAA